AUGGAUUUACUGACACUUGGCAUGAGCGAACCAAAUCAUCAUCAUGGUCGGAUCACGCAUUGCUCUCUGUCAUGUACUUGCAUCACUCCACAACAAUUCAAUACAUCUCAUCCUCGACUACGACGACAAGCACACAAACAAUAUAUUGCUGUCUCUCUAAAACACUACACUAGUUUAUUCAUUGCUCUAAUUGUUCUUUUAUUUUAUAUUUUCCUGUCAUGUCCCAUGUGCUCAGCACAAUCAUUUGAUUGCACUGGGAGAACAUUUAAAUUUGUGAGCGUCAUUCCCGAUGAAGACGAUGCUACCAAACCAUUCAGUGGUGAUAAAUUAAAAACAUCCAUUUCAAGUGGAUUGGAAUUUAUGAAAAUAGCUGGAAUCAUUCCGCCAGGUGUCACGAUUCAAAAUGAUUUUGUUGUUACGAGAGGAAAUGUUGACCAAGCCAUUGAUAGAAUGAAACAAUUAAUUUUAGUGAAUGGAACAGUUGAGGAGGGUUAUGUGGGAAUUAUUGGAGGAUAUUACAGCUAUGAAUCACUGGCCAUUGCAAAUAAUAUUGCUGAGCCAUUUGGAAUACCAAUGAUUUCUUAUGGAUCUUCCACUUCAACCUUAUCCUAUAAUCGAUGGUUCUACAGAGUAAUUCCAUCUUCCUUUUCAAUGACAGCUGCAAUGGUAGAAUUUUUUUAUUCUCUUGAGUUUAAUGAAAUUGCAAUUUUGGCUUCAGAUGAAGUGUAUGGAAGAGAUGCAUCUGAAAAUGUGAUCAGAAAUGCCAACUCGUUGGGCCUUAAUGUCACAAAUGCUUAUUAUUUCAAAACUGGAAACAUAACAGACAUCAAACGUCAAAUCUAUUUAGCAAAAGAAAGCAAUACCAAAAAAUUUGUCUGUGUUUCUGUAUCUUCCAAUGGUGAUGCAGAUGCUGUAAUUCAGACGAUUCACGAGGCUGGAAUGGCACAACUUGGAUAUAUUUGGAUAUUUGAUGAAAGUUUUGCAUAUCAACCUGGACUCAGUGAUAAGAAUAUUACACUAUCGGUUCUAUUGAAUGGAAUGAUGUAUGUGGAGUUGAAUUCUGGUCUAUGGUCUACAGAUUUGUAUUUUAUCACACGAUUCAUGUCCACUUACAAGUAUUCUACAAUUGAAGAAACCUAUUCACAAAUUCAAGCAUUUGAUAGAUUUGCCUACGAUUCUGCUCUCAGUUUUGGAUAUGCCAUUCGAACCAUGUGUAAGGCAGGUCUCGAUCCCACCAAAGGUUCCUACCUCUUGGCAACCAUUCAACGAACUUCAUUCAUUGGAGCCAGUGGAAGAGUUUCCUUUGAUAGUUUGGGAGAUCGUCUCGGAGUGUUUUAUUCAAUCAAUAGUAUUAGUGACCAUGAUGUUAAAUCAGUGGCCAAAUGGAGUCAAUUAGAUUCCAUUGUUUGGGAUGAAGAAUUUUUCUAUAAUCGAACGCUUCGAGUACCAGGAGGUUAUUUGAAUCAAGUUCAAAUAUUUUCCAAUAGUCCACUCACAGGCAAUCGAUGGUUCAGCAUUCCAAACGUGGCACGAGUACCACCAGAACGUUUUGCACAUGCUCUUGCUCUUGCUUCGAACAAAUUAUACGUGUAUGGUGGAAAUUCACAAUUAAGCACUGGAUACUUCUCAGAUUUGUGGUCCUAUGAUUUUAUUACAGGUCAAUGGCACCGGACAGAUCCAUUGGAUGGAUUCUCUCCAAAGGGACGUCAUGGUCAUGUCAUGUGGACCAUAUCAGCCACACAAACAUCUGAGGAAAAACUUGUCAUUUUCGGAGGAAGGUCUGCAAGCUAUUCUGAUGAAAUGUAUGAAUUUUCAAUACUAAGAUCUCAAUGGAAGCUCUUGAAUAUUACAAACAAACCAUUUGCUCGAUUUGAUGCACGAAUUUCCGAGUACAAGAAUGAAGUAUACAUGUUUGGAGGCUUAACAUAUAGUGGUGUGAGAGAUGAUUUAUGGAUUUUUAAUAAUGAUCGAUAUGAAUGGAGAAAGGUGACAUAUACCACUCCAUGGCCUCCAGCGCGAUAUGCUCAUUGCAUGCAACCAUAUGUUGUGAAUGGAAAGACGAAUAUUUUACUUUUUGGAGGAAUGGGAGAAAAUGGAGAAGUUUUGGCUGAUCUUUGGAGCUUUAACAUUGCUUCUCAAACUUGGACAUUAUUGAAUCAAACUGGAGAAGUUCAAGGCCCAAUAUUUGAUAUGGGAUGUGCAACUACAGACAAGUAUUUAUAUGUCUUUCAUGGUAAAACUUCCAGACUCAACCAACAAUCUCUCUUUAAGAAAAUUAUUCGAGUAGAUCUUCCUCUAAAUUCAAAUACAGUACGAUGGAAAGUCAUUAACGACAAUCUUCCCAAUCCUAGAUCCAACUCUCAAGUGGUUUCCUUCUCUAACUAUAUUAUUUAUUUUGGAGGAUUUGGUUUGGAUUAUGAUUUCAAUGAUUUGUAUUCUUUCAAUGUUUUGAGUACUAGUCUUGUGAAGGUGAAUCGAGAUUUUAGAUCUCCACCUUCCUUGUAUGCACAUUCCAUGUCCACACUUGGUGAUUCUGUGUAUUUAUUUGGAGGCUUUACGAGUGAUGAUACUGCAUCGGAUGCUCUCUAUCGAUAUUCUAUUUCAAAAGAAGGUUGGACUUUUGUGGAUACUUCCAUUCGACCACAUGCACGAGCAUUUCAUUCACAAAUUACAUUAGGUGACAGAAUAUGGGUAUUUGGUGGUUCUGAUUCCACUGCUAAAUCAUAUUCCGAUUUAUGGACGUAUUCCAUUGAUGACACAGUAUGGACAUUGGUGACUCCAACGAAAGGAUCUCUAUCUCCUGGACCCAGAUAUAAACAUGCCAUGACCAAGAACACAACUCAUUUGUUUGUAUUUGGAGGAAGAACACAAUCGAAUCAAUAUACAGAUUUAUGGACCUAUGAAGCAGAAAGCAAAAUGUGGACCAAAAUCAAAACGCAAAUUCCAACAUCAUACACGAUAGGAUGUACUGCAAAAUUUUAUGAUGAAUCAGAGACUGGAUCCUUCCAAACAAUUUUACUUUUUGGAUGUCAUGAUUUUUCCGAAACACCAACCACCAAUAUUUACAAAUUAGAAUUUACAGAUAAGAAUAAUGACAUGGUCAAGUAUUCAAUUGCAGGAAAUUUCUCAAAUGGGUCCAUACUCCCUCGUUCUGGGUCAAUUGCCAUCAAGGUAUCAGGAUUUGGUGCCAUCAUAUUUGGAGGACGUGUGGGCAGUGAGCUCCAUAACGAUGUUCUUUUAUUUGAUGCAAAAACAAAGUCUCUCACAAAAAUUGAUCCUCCCUACACGGAACACACAUUACCUCAACCAAGAGUAUAUCAUUCCUAUUCCUUGGUAGGAAAUAGUAUUUAUGUUUUUGGAGGAGUAGGAUCACCCUAUGGCACUCGAUAUUUACUUCCUUCGAUUCGAUAUGGAGAUUUAUACAAAUACAAUGUUGAAAAUGUGUGUGAUGAUAAGGGAUAUCAACAAGGUAGUACGAGAUGCUACUUGUGUGGUCCAGGAACUUAUCAAGUGAAUAAGGCUUGUGAAUUGUGUCCUCCCGGUACUUAUUAUGAAAAAUUUGGAGCCUCAGGACAAUGUAUGGAUUGUCCGAAAGGUUUUUUCAAUAGUUUGAGUGGAGCCAAUCAUAUUCAAUUCUGUCUUCCGUGUGCCUAUGGAACGUAUAAUAAUUUUACAGGGCAAGCCAAAUGUUUACCUUGCCCUGAAGGUUCCAUUUGUCAAUUGGGAUCUAUUGAACCCAUUUUCAACAAUUCAAGAAUUGUGAAAAGAACUUCUCAACAACCUGUUUCAUAUUCAUCGAGAGAGAUGGAAAAUUCACAAGUCAUUAAGAUUGAAGCAAGUGUAUUGGCCUCAAUCACAGCUGCCAUCAUCUUGAUUGCAUUUAUUGCUUGGAGAGUAUUUAAUUUCCCAAGAACCGAAUGGUUGAAACGAAUGGACUUUUUCUUUACUGAGAGACACAAUCGAUUGAUGGGAACCAUGAUUAAGAGAAGAACCAUUGUGGGAGCAUGUUACAGCUUUGUAGUCUUAGUUGCAUUCUUGGCCUAUUUGAUUGGUACCAUUGUUCCGUACUACAAUUAUGGAAACUAUGUGGAGAAUAGAAGUUUAAUUCCCAACUUGGCUGUAUCUGAGGAAUUUUAUGGUGAUAUUUCGGUAGAAGUUCGAAUUUUAGGUUUCAAAGGAGAUUGCACGUUUGGAUCGACUCUAUCAACAAUUCCUACCAAGUGUCAAGACAAAAUUUCCAUUGUUAUGGAAUCUGUAGACAUGUUCAAUGAUACUAUUACAUCCAUCACAUGUAGAGAUGAAUUAUCUGAAAAUGAAAUUAGUGCCUGUGUGAUUGCUGUCUCUUGCUCUAAAUGUACCAUUGCAAAGGAUAAGAAGCUUGCUGCUCUGCACUUUAAAGUUGGAGGUCCAAAUGUAUUUUCAAACGGGUAUGACUUUUUGGUGAAUGUUUCUUCAGCCUAUGUUGAUGUAUAUGCACCACAAAAACCACCUCAAAGAUCUAUCAUUACGGGCUCUGUCUUUUCAGAAGUAGAUCAAUUGUAUAGAGGAACGACCAAUCCAACAGUUGUCUCUCUUCAGCUACUCCAAAACAAGUACACAAUUCCAAUUGAUAACACAAAACGAACUGGUUACGUUAUCGAAUACACUUCAGAAACACAAGGAGAUCAAGUAGACUUUAAGACAUUUAGUCAUGAAAAUGGAGUUUAUUUAAAAAUUGAAUUUGAAAAGGCCUCCACAACUCUAGAAGUCGUCUUGUCAGAAAAGAAAAUAGUCCUUGUCUUCUUGACUGAUUUAUUAGCUUCUCUUUCUGGUAUUUUCUCAUUGACAGCUCUAUGCAUGUCAUGUACAGAGUUUGUCAUCUUCCACUACAAGAGAAUUAUGACAAAUUUAAUCAGCUUUAGACAAAAGCAUAGCGUUAAGAGAUAUGCACCAGGUGAAAUACUAGAUGAAGUAAUUUUACAAGGAACAACAUUUAAGAGAAUGAAGGCAGAUCUUAAAGCACAAGAUGAUGACUUUUAUGAUGAUGUGACAGUAGCUAAAAUUUAUCACAAGAAAGGAACUCGAAGAAAUGUCGUAUUCAUUCCACCAAAUGCUCUCGAAGAUGAAGAGCUUAUUGAAUCCAACAAUGCUGCUCGUAUAUCUUCUCAACCUCCUUCUGCAGAGACUUAUUUUGAUAUGAGUGAACAGUAUGAACCUCCACUGCCUUUGAAUAUAACUGGAACCAAUGUUGUCCUCACUUCGACAACCUCUGCUUCAACAUUGAGAAGAAAAGAUUCAACUCUAAAUGAACCAUUCUUAGCUAAACAACCAGGCAGUGAUGAUAUUUUGGAACUGGAAGAUCACAUGGCACCUCUGACCCCUUAUUAUAGAAGCGAGCAAUAG